AUGCUUAGUGGAAUAUCUGCAGCAUAUUCAAUAUCAAGUCUGAUUAGCAGUAGACGCAUAUUCCCGGCCGCUCUAAGAUUCACCGUUACCCGAGUACAUAGUUUCCGGCAGCACAUUAAUAUCAAGAUGCCUGGCGACACGAUCUCUCAACAGCUAGCCAAGCUUUCGAUACAGGCGCCUACCAAGAUGGCAGGGUCGCACCCUGAGGCGAACGUUGUGGACCUUAUCCGGAACUACAUUACGGACGAGCUCAGCAGGAUUUCGGGCGUUGCUGGUCCGUUGAUUUACGAGGCACUGGAGUGGACCAACACGCUCGAGCGCGGAGACCUUUUGAUCCCGGUGCCGCGGUUGCGUAUCAAGGGCAGCAACCCCAAGGACCUCGCGGCUGAGUGGGCGGUUGCUUUUCCCUGUGGCGAGUACUUAGACCGGGUCGAGGCCAAUGGGUCUUUUAUCCAGUUUUUCUUCAAGCCUCAGUUCCUGUUCAAUGUGGUGGUGCCAGAUGUGCUAACCCGGAAGGAGGAUUACGGCUCCUGCAAGUUGGUGGAGAACAAGAAGGUCAUAAUUGAGUUCUCGUCUCCUAAUAUCGCUAAGCCGUUCCACGCCGGCCACCUGCGUUCCACUAUCAUUGGUGGGUUUCUCUCCAACCUUUAUGAGAAGAUGGGCUGGGAGGUGAUUAGAAUGAAUUAUCUGGGCGACUGGGGUAAGCAGUUCGGGUUGCUAGCCGUUGGUUUUGAAAAAUACGGGAGCGAGGAGGCUCUCGAGAAAGACCCAAUUAACCAUUUGUUCGAUGUGUAUGUCCGUGUCAACAAGGACAUCGAACAGGAGGGAGAUUCCUUGCCACUUGAGGAAUCAACGAAUGGAAGGGCCCGUGCUUAUUUCAAGAAAAUGGAAGAUGGUGACCCAGAGGCCUUGAAAAUCUGGCAAAAAUUCCGUGAACUUUCGAUUCAAAAGUACAUCGACACCUACGCCAGACUGAACAUCCAAUACGAUGUGUACUCUGGCGAGUCCCAGGUAAAAAAGGAGUCGAUGGAAAACGCCCUGAAGCUAUUCCAGGAGAAGGGGUUGACCCACGAGGACAAGGGCGCCAUUCUCAUUGACCUAACUAAAUUUAACAAGAAGCUUGGCAAAACCAUUGUGCAGAAGUCUGAUGGUACCACACUAUAUCUAACUCGUGACGUGGGCGCUGCUAUGGACCGUUAUGAAAAAUACAAGUUCGACAAGAUGAUCUAUGUUAUUGCUUGCCAACAGGACUUGCAUACCGCCCAGUUCUUUGAAAUUCUAAAGCAAAUGGGCCACAAGUGGGCUGAGAACCUACAUCAUGUAAACUUUGGUAUGGUGCAAGGCAUGUCUACCAGAAAGGGCACUGUGGUAUUCUUGGACAACAUCCUUGAGGAGACGAAAGAGAAAAUGCAUGAAGUCAUGAGGAAGAACGAGGUGAAGUACGCGCAAGUGGAGAACCCAGACGAGGUAGCAGACUUGGUUGGUAUUUCUGCUGUUAUGAUCCAGGACAUGCAGGCGAAGAGAAUCAACAACUACGAGUUCAAGUGGGAGAGAAUGUUGUCCUUCGAAGGUGAUACCGGUCCUUAUCUACAAUAUGCUCAUUCUAGACUGCGCUCUGUCGAAAGAAACGCAUCUGAGAUCACUCCGGAAAAGUGGGUAACAGCUGACUUCUCGGUACUCACCGAAGCUGCCGCUGUCACUUUGGUGCGGCUAUUGGCACAAUAUCCUGAUGUAUUGAGAAACGCUUUAAAGACGCAUGAGCCUGCCACCAUCGUUACUUACCUUUUCAAGUUAACUCACCAGGUUUCUUCUUGCUACGAUAUCUUAUGGGUCGCAGGCCAAGCCCCAGAGGUCGCCACUGCUCGUCUUGCGCUUUACGCCUCCUGCAGACAGGUGCUGAACAACGGUAUGCGGUUGUUGGGGUUGACGCCAGUUGACAGAAUGUAA